AUGGGUGCCGCAGGCUUAGCAUUCUUCGACGGGAUGUUCAUGACGUAUGCUGCGAAUCUUAUUGGAUAUGUUGAAGUGUUCAGACAUGAGUCUAAUGAACUGAACGAGAUGUUAGUUGAACAGCAAAGGGAGAAUAGUACCGAGAAAAAAGAAAUGAUCCGAGAAAAAUUAAGACACAUUCAGCUCCAACAUCAGGAUAUUAUUCAUUACGAGUGUAAUCUUCGAGACAAAUACUUUUACGUGUGUUUCACGCAUGUUACGACAUCGGUGGUCGGUAUAACCGUCGCGUUGUCACUUGUGUACUUGGAAAAGUAUGUCCCAUGCUAUGCGAUCCUCGGGAUGUUUAUGGUGCAACUGUUGGUAUUUUGCGUUCUGGGUACAAUUCUAACCCUGAAAAACGAAGACAUGAUUACGAUACUUUACGACAUCAAUUGGUACAUGCUGGAAAAGCCGGAGAAAAUGGAUCUACUGCACAUGCUGCACCGUAGUCAGAAUGUUGUUGAACUGUCCGUCGGAGGUUUGACUCCUAUGAAUAUGAUAAUGAAGCGAAUCUACUCUUAUUUCAUGAUGUUGGUCAAUUUUGUAAACUAG